GGGAGGUGAUAUUUAUUCUCGACUGAUCAGCAGUAAAGAGGAGUGCCGGCGGCGGGUCCUCUCAGGCAAGUGGGAAAGCAACGAUAGGAAGGGAAAGAGAAGGCAAAAGAGCGCUUGGACGCAAGGAAAGUCUGAGAAGCGGCAGCAGGAGCCAAAAAGAAAGCUGCGGUCUGCUCUGGGCUAAAACCGAGGGAGGAGCUUGGCAGGCCUUUAGGCUGUUGCUUCUAUUUCCUGCGCCGCUGCUGCGGGUUGUUCUUGUAGUCUGCUCUCCGCGGAAGGGGGGAGAUUGAGUUUACUCCCGGGUCGUGUUGAGAGGACGAUGCUCUGGGUUAUCCAAAGCCACUGCUGAGUCUGCCCGGCUUGGAAUCUUUUGCAACCUCUCUUCUUGGGCUUUGGCACUGCCAGCUCCACAAAACGGUUCCGGCAUGGUGGUGCGGCCGCUGCUGCUGCGGGCCCUCAUCAUGGGGCCCCCUGGGUCCGGGAAAGGCACCAUUUCCUCCCGCAUCGUUAAACACUUUGCCCUGAAGCACCUCUCCAGCGGCGAUUUGCUCAGGGACAACAUGAACAAGAGGACAGAAAUUGGUGUCAUUGCUAAGGCCUACAUUGAUCAGGGGCAACUUAUUCCCGAUGAUAUUAUGACCCAGCUGAUGUUAAGUGAACUGCAAACAAUAGAGCAGCACCACUUGCUGCUGGAUGGUUUCCCAAGGACUGUUCCACAGGCUGAAGCUCUGGAAAAAAGGUGUCCAAUUGAUACUGUGAUUGACUUAGAUGUGCCUUUUGAGACAAUCCAGCAACGCCUGACAGCACGAUGGAUCCAUCCUGCAAGUGGCAGGGUCUACAACCUGGAGUUCAAUCCUCCCAAAGUGCCUGGCACUGAUGAUAUUACUGGAGAGCCUCUUGUUCAACGUGAUGACGACAAACCAGAAACUAUUAUGAAGAGACUGAAAUCUUAUGAAGCAGAAACCAGGCCUGUCUUGGAAUAUUACCGAAGGAAAGGCGUGUUAGAAUCUUUCUCUGGAACAGAGACGAACAAAAUCUGGCCCCAUGUCCAUCAUUUUCUUCAAACCAAGCUGCCUGAUGUAAGCCAGAAGGAAACUGCUGCACCUGACUGAAGCAGAUCUGUCUCAGUACUAUUACAUGGAAGUAUCAAGAGACAGCUGCACUUUGAAAAAAAACAAAUCUCUCAAGUAUUUAAAUCAUGGAGACUAGAUGGGUUGUAUUAUGAAGUAAUGUGUCACAACUGAUCAACAGCCAUGUUAAAUCUGUAAAAAUGCCACUUUUUAACUCUGCAAUCAUCUCAUAUUUCUGAUAUCAAUUUUAAAGUAGUAUUUUUAAAUUAGAUGUCCUUGAUUUUUGUAAAACUAAUUUAAUAAACUGUUUUUUAAAAAAACAAAAAAACAAAAA